CACACACACACGCACGCACAUACCGCCCCGCCAUCUCUGCUUGCCCCGGUCCGCUCCACCCCACUCCACCCCUCGACGACGAUGCAGCUGUACCAGCAGAUCGAGUGGGCCCUCCUCAGCCCGGAGGGCGUCAGCGCCCUGGCCGGCCUCGAUGAGUCUGCCUCCUUCCAGUUUGCCAAGGACUUCCUGGCUGGCGACUUCGCCCCAAUCAUCACCUCGCCCUUUGCCCGGGAGAUUCUGGCCUCCAGUGGCCCCCUGCAGUUUGACGACGCGGUUGCCGACCUGAGCGCCCGGCUGGCGGCGCAUUGCGCCGGGACCGACCACACGCCCGACUCGGCCCUCUCGCUGCUCAUCCUCGGCGCGGCCCUGCUCCAGGCCUUCGUCCAGGCCAACUGGCUGGGCCCGGCCCUCGAGGCCCCGGUGGCCCCGGCCUUUGCCCUGCUGUCGCCCGGGUUCGACCCGGCCGAUGCGAUCACCUGGCAACGCGCCGCCGUGGCGUGGGUGUCUCAAGAUGAGGCCGACGCGUACCCCCUCCUCCGGGAGCCGGCUCUGCUGAUCGCGGCGGUCCUGCUCUUCGAGCAUGCGGCGCCCCUCUUUGCCGCGCAUGAGCUCACCACUGCCCUCCUCUGGUCGGCCCGUGUGACCUUCGCCCACCAGCGCAUGCUCGAUGACCGGUGCAUGAACCUGCGCGAGGCUGUGUACGCCCGGCACCGGGAGUUCUUCCUGAGCCUGCCGGCGGGCCCCGGCGGGCUGGCCCUGCCCUCGUUGCUGGGCAAGCCGCACCCGGCCACGGAUCCGGACUGCCCCCCGGGCAGCCCGGUGUCCUUGAUCUACGCGCGCUUCUACCUGGAGCACGCCUGUGCGCUGCACUACUUCCACGACCUGACCUGCCAUGCGGCCCUGGUGGCGGCCCAGGCGGCCACCGGGCUCGAGUGGGAGCUGACCGGCGCCCUCGGCCGGAAGACCAAGUUCCAGCUCGACGCCCGGACCAUGCUCGUGGUUUUCGCCCGGUACUCCGACACGGCCAAGGCCCAGUACUUCGGCCAGAAGCCCAGCCAGCCGGCCGCCGAGACCGACAUCCCCAAGGCCCUGGACCUGAAUGACGACCAGCUGCUGGACCGCAUGCGCCUGGAUGACUCGGCCGCUGCCGAGGUUGGCCAGCUGACCUCCGAGGCCAUCUUCCCCCUGGAUCAGGCCAUCCUCUUGGGCUUCAGCAACUACUUCAAGCUGAAGGACCCCUCCAGCGACCUGACCUCGACCGAGCUGACCGCCUUCGUUGAGUACCUCAUCGAGUCGCCGAAGAACUGGCUCGUCCACUCGAGCACGCUGCUGCUUCGGUCGCGCCUUGAGGCCAGCAAGACCCGUCGCCUGGAGCGCGCCACGCUCCAGAUCCAGGCCCUGGUGGAUCAGUUUGCGGACGCCGAGCCCGGGGUCGCCUCGCGCGGGAGCCUCUUCUACCAGCUGGACUAUCCGAAUCUGUGGCGCAUGCAGAGUGACCUGGCCACCCUCUUCACCAAGCUCGGCCUGCUGAAGUCCGCGCUGGACCUCUUCGAGAAGCUGGAGAACUGGGAGGGCCUCAUCACCUGUCUGGCUCGCACGGGACAGUCUUCCCGGGCCGAGGCCGUGGUCCGCGAGCAGCUGGCCCAGCACCCGACCCCGAAGAUGUACUGCAUUCUGGGGGAUAUCCUGGGCUCGCGUGACACGCAGCCCUACGAGCAGGCCCUGGCCCUGGCUCGCGGCGGCCACUACGCCCGCGCGCACCGGGCCCUCGGGCUGAUUCACUUCAAGAAUGACGAGGUUGAGCGCGCCCUGCCGCACCUGGAGCACGCCAGCCGGCUGAACCCCCUGGGUGAGCACAACUGGUGGACCCUCUCCGGGGCGUAUGCCAAGCUGGAGAACUGGCCCAAGGCGGCCGGGGCCCUGACGCGCGUGGUGUCCCUGGCGCCGGAUGACGCCGAGGCCUGGUCCAAUCUGUCCAUCUACUACACCAAGAUGGGGCGCCUUGUCGAAUCUCACCGGUCGCUCAAGGAGGCCACUCGGCUCAAUCGCGACAGCUGGCGCAUGUGGGAGAACCUGGUCCUCGUCAGCCUCGUGGUCAACGAGUACUCCGAUGUCAUCCUCGGCAUGUCCCGACUGCUCGAGAUCCGCAAGGACAAUCCGAUCGACGAGCAGAACUUCGGCCGCCUCAUCCAUGCAUACAUGACCGGCAAGUCCGAUGCCUCGGAAACCCCCCUGCAUCGGUACACCGGCCAGCUGGAGUCCCUGGUGGAUCGCAUCGUCGAGGCGUGCCCGGGGAAUGCCAAUGUCCUGGCCAUCUGUGCGCAGUUCUUCGACUUCCGUUUCAAGUCCAACCUCCCCUCCAGCCACUAUGUGCAGCGGGUGCACCCGGAGCACUAUGAGCCCCUGCCCGAGGUGACCCAGACCAUGUGCCUGGAUGACAAGGCGGUCGACCUGUACCUCCGAGCCUACCGCGCGUCGAACUUGCGCUCGGGGUGGGAAAAUGACGCCGCCAGCCUGAAGGCCGUCUCCGAGCACACCACCGCGGCGGUGGAGGCGCUGCUGGCACGCGCCAGCCGGCACCGGGCCAGCGGGGCCCCAGAUGCCGAGGGCCUGGCCAAGACCGAUCUCUACCAGGCUCGGACCAUCAUCCGGGGCUUCCUCAGCCGCGCCAAGCGGACAUUCCCCUCGAGCCCCGAAGUGCAGGCCAUGGAGGAGCUCCAGGCGAAGGCCACUGCUUGAGUGAUGUGACAUGCCCAGACCACGGGCAGCGCUUCUCCCCUUGGCCGCCUCUCCACCCCGGGGGGAUGCUUCCCUCCUUUCGCGUGUUUUCUUUUUCGCUGCCUCUCUCUCUCUCUCCCUCUCUGGAGUUCGGGCACGCGCGCCAUACACACAAUGUUAGACGGA